GCAGGGGAUAUAAUGGUGCAACCUGCCAUUUGUGCCUCUGGAGACUCGCAGUGGAAGCCGCUGUCCCUGGGGUGCUGCGACAGGCUCCCUGCUCUUUGGAGGUGAUUUCAAUCCGGCCCUGUUUUCUAGAUUUAUCCACACCUUCUGGUCUCAGAGAAACCCGGAGCCAGAGGGAAAAAGACAGAGAGGACCCUCUUCCCAGAACCGUACAGGGAGAACCGGAAUCAUGUCCAUGAUCGCAGCCUUCUACAGCAACAAGUCUAUCCUCAUCACGGGGGCCACAGGCUUCCUGGGCAAGGUGCUGAUGGAGAAGCUGUUUCGCACCAGCCCCCACUUGAAAGUCAUCUACAUCCUUGUGAGACCCAAGUCCGGGCAAACCCUGCAGGAGAGGGUUUUCCAGAUCCUCAACAGUAAGCUGUUUGAGAAAGUCAAAGAAGUCUGUCCAAAUGUGCAUGAGAAGAUCAGACCCAUCUCAGCAGACCUCAACCAGCGUGACUUCGCCAUCAGCAAGGAUGACAUGCAGGAACUUCUGUCAGGGACCAACAUCAUCUUCCACUGUGCGGCCACUGUGCGCUUUGAUGCACAUCUGAGAGAAGCGGUGCAGCUGAAUGUCACCGCCACGCAGCAGCUCCUGCUGAUGGCCAGCCAGAUGCCGAAGCUGGAAGCCUUCAUCCACAUCUCUACUGCCUUUUCUAACUGCAACCUGAGCCACAUAGAUGAGAUUAUAUACCCGUGCCCCGUGGAGCCUCGAAAGAUCAUCGACUCCAUGGAGUGGUUAGAUGACUCUAUCAUAGAUGAGAUUACUCCCAAGCUGAUCGGAGACCGGCCCAAUGCCUAUACCUACACCAAAGCCUUGGGAGAGGUCGUGGUGCAGCAAGAGAGCGGAAACCUGAAUGUAGCCAUUGUCAGGCCAUCCAUAGUGGGAGCUACCUGGCAGGAGCCCUUCCCGGGUUGGGUUGACAAUAUAAAUGGACCCAGCGGACUCAUCAUUGCGACUGGGAAAGGAUUUCUCCGGUCCAUAAAAGCUACUCCCAUGGCAGUGGCAGACGUGAUUCCGGUUGACACCGUGGUCAAUCUCACCAUCGCAGUGGGAUGGUAUACCGCAGUUCACAGGCCUAAAUCUACAUUAAUCUACCAUUCCACAUCCGGCAACCUCAAUCCCUGUAACUGGUAUAAAAUGGGGUUACAGGUCUUGGCGACCAUUGAGAAGAUCCCAUUUGAGAGUGCGUUCAGAAGGCCAAACGCUGACUUCACCACCAACAACUUCACCACACAGUACUGGAACGCCGUCAGCCACAGGGCCCCGGCCAUAAUCUACGACUUCUACCUGAGACUUACUGGAAGGAAACCCAGGAUGCUGAAGCUCAUGAACCGGCUCCUGAGAACCAUUUCCAUGCUGGAGUUCUUCAUCAACCACAGUUGGGAAUGGAGCACCAACAACACGGAGAUGCUUCUGUCAGAGCUGAGUCCUGAAGACCAGAGAGUAUUCAACUUUGAUGUGCGUCAGUUGAACUGGCUCGAAUACAUUGAAAAUUAUGUUUUGGGGGUUAAGAAGUACCUACUGAAAGAGGAUCUGGCUGGUAUCCCCAAAGCAAAGCAGCACCUAAGAAGGCUCCGGAACAUUCACUACCUCUUUAACACCGCCCUGUUUCUCAUCAUCUGGCGCCUCCUCAUUGCAAGGUCUCAGAUGGCUCGGAACAUCUGGUUCUUCAUCGUGAGCUUCUGUUACAAGUUCAUCUCCUAUUUCAGGGCCUCCAGCACACUCAAGGUCUAAGAGCAUUCCAGCAGCCCAUCAUCUGGAACCUCAGAUACCUCUAAGGCAGUCAACUGUGUCUUAAGCUAUAAAGUAACAAGCAGCACACCCAAGCUUCCAGUCAACCUUGCCAUUCCAUCUUCUUCCCACUUCUUCACUGUGUGCUUGUGAGGUGUUUGUUGUUGUUUUGUUUUUGUUCAGUGAGGAAUGUCAGCCUCUAACUGCAUACUACCGAAACACAGCUUCCUUCCGUAUUCUACCCUGACACCACUGUAUACUGUCACACACGAAGCAUGAAAGCUCCCCUUCCUUCUAUCUUAACUCUCCCUUCCAUGCAAAACUGAUUCCAACUCACUGGACGUGGAAGGACACAUGGCAGAGCCUGCGCAGUCUCGAGAAAGGCAGCACUGAGCAAGGAGUGUGCUCAGUGCCAAGGCAAAGCUUCCGCUGUGAGCGGUUGGCUCUGCACCCUCACAGCACCACAGAAGCAGCCUCCCUGGUAACCUGAGUCGUGGUUGGGUUGAGGGGUGGGAGAUGGAAAAGUAGGUUCCUGUCUGAUCUGUUUCUCACUUGUGUCCACAUCCUAACCCUAAAAGGAACAAAUGGCGUAGGCAAUUGCAC